AUUGACCGUACCAGUUCUACUUUCGCUUUCACUUUGAUUUUUGUGCACUAAAAACAUGUCGAAGUUUUCUCUAAAAUUCACUGACUACGAUGCCUUUGGAUUCGACUUAGACCAUACAUUGGCUAAAUAUAAACUACCUGCAUUAUUUAAAUUGUGCCACAAUGCCUUAGCAGAGUUCCUGGUCAAGGAAAAAGGUUAUCAUCCAGAUUUGCAGAAGCCCUUUGAACUUGACAAGGACUUUUGCACUAAAGGAUUAAUCUUUGACACGGUAAAAGGCAAUUUCUUCAAACUAGAUGAGAAUGGAACAAUUCUCAGAGCAAGUCAUGGGACUAGGUUCCUUAGCAAUGAUGAGAUAUGUGCCACAUAUGGGCCAGAUAGGCACUGGAAGCAAUACUCCAAGCUAGCAGAAACAGUCAAUAAUCUUGGAGAUGAAUUUCGGAUCUUUGAGAACUACUUUGACAUGCCUGGAAAAGUCAUUUGUGCUAGAAUGGUUGAUAUAUUAGACAGAAAGGGGGCACCAGAAAAAUAUGACAUCUGGAAGGAUGUCUUUGAUGGAUACAAUCAUGUCUACAACCCAAAAAAUUUCUCAGAGGAAAAAGGAGGUUUUUUCCCAGAAAUCAAGUUACAUCCAGAGAAAUACUUGAACAAAUGCAGUGAAGAUAUUAAACUUUGGCUUAAGAAACUUAAGGAAGGAAAUCGUAAAGUUUUUAUCCUGACAUCAUCAUACAACGACUUUGCAACACAUCUACUUAAAUACAUUCUAGGAGAGAACUGGAGUGAUUACAUUGAUAUAAACCUCACAUUUGCAAGGAAGCCAGGAUUUUUCAAUAAAAACAGACCUUUUCUCAGAGUAGACCAAGAGCUUGAGAAAGAGCCAGUCCAGGAGCUAAACAUGGGCGCCACCUAUUCUCAGGGAAAUCACAAAAUUCUCAAACAAUUCCUCAAAAAAGCUACUGGAGUAGAUGAUCCAAAGAUUCUAUUUUUCGGAGACAGUUUACGCUCAGAUGUAUUCCCAGCCAAAAUGUACGUCAACUGGGAUACUGUCGUUGUUUUAGAGGAAAUGGAGAUUGAGGGCAUGCUGGGAUUUGAUGUCAAAGGUCAAGUACAGUCAGAUCGCGAAGAUGAUGAUGAACCUAGAAAAAAGAAGAUGAAAUAUACAGGUCCCAGUGUCGAAGAAGCAGAAUUCCUGGCAUCAUCUAAAUGGGGUUCUUUCUUUUAUGACAACUCCUGUAUGGGGAAGGAGGAGGGGAAAGGUCCGAAAAUGAUGAAUACAUUCUGGGGUUACUUGAUACGAAGAUACAGUGAUAUAUCCAUACCUCAGCUAGACUACAUUGUUGAUUUCCCAAUGGACCAUGAGUACAAUGUAUUCGACCAUGAAGACUACAAGAGAGAGGGCUUCUACCCUGGUAUACCAAAGAUUCUGGCAAGCAAUUCCAAAAAUGUGGAAAAAGAUUAAAAACAGUAUGUGUCUGUGACACCAAUCAGGUUUAUGUACAAUGAAUGCUGGAUGAAUUAUUCAUAAGAUUUAUAAUACAGUCUGAAGAUGGUGACUGACCAUUGAGCAGAAUACUAAAGUGACAUGCUCCCUGCAUUU